UAGGGUUGAAGAGGUACAGCUUUUAUAGAUCCGCCACCGUUUUCUUCGUUGUUCUCGUUCCGUUUAGUGAACUCGGUUAAUGUUCAAUAUUAUCCAUUUGUUCGCGAAUUUUUUUUCAUUUUUUCGAAAAAAAAAUAUUUUUAACAUUCGAUAACGCGUAAUUGUUCGUCGAAAUACGGUUUCAUACCCCUUCACCUGGCUCUCUCGUUCGCGUUUGCAUUUUUUACUUAUCGUUUAAUUUCCGGUGUCGCGAGAGUAUCUAGUCGUCCUUUUUAUCAUCGAAACGAGAUGAAAUAUCUUCAGUUGCUUUCAGCUGAGAUGAAUAGUGAUAAGAUGUCCUACUACAGAUUGUAACCCGAGUUCGAGCCAAAUAUACAUGAAUCUGCUGGCAAUUGGUAUACUAUGAUUCAAUCGAGUUGAAAGACCGGAACCAAUGGUGAAAUGGCUACCAGAUAACUUCAGAUGUGAUUUGGAGGAUUUAAAAAUUCAUCUAAUAUGAAUGGCAGAACGCAUCAUAGAGACUUGAAUCACAGGCCAAGUUAUGGUUCAGUACACGGAUCCGGAUCGACCCACAGCUCGACGCAUAGUUCAAAUUACGGCACCAACCAACGCGUAAAUUUAGGACCAAACCAUGGAACGUUGAAUAAUCAUUACUUACACACCCGCGUUAGAACGCCAGUAACGUUACCGCCGACUUUUCCGGCUCAUACACCAUGUAUACAACCGUACGCCACUUACGACCAGCCUAGAAUUCGAAUUAAUAAUCGAUGCAAAUCAUUUUGUACGUGGAAAUACGCCUGUUUAACCUUCUUCGCAACGACUGUUUUCUUAACCGCAUUACUUAUAUAUGUUUUCUUUUUAGCAUUUCCAAAUUACUGUACUGAACCAACGAAGCAAUGUAUUCCACUCGAAGCAUCCAAAGCAGCUGCCCAAGACGAUCACAACACAGGCCAAUCUCUGGUGAUUAGCGACAACGCAGGGACCGAAGUUGCAGGAAACACGUCGGCGGUGGCAACAGAUUUACACCUAAGCUAUAAUGUAAGCGAUCAAACCAAGUCACGCAACGGUCCGGAAAAGUUCCUCGAAAAUCGUAAAUUAGUAACCCAUCAAGGAAAUAUGGUAUUAGUUAUUGACGAACUCGGAAAACCGUUUACCGCCGAUUUGCAGCCGUUCCAUUUCUGGAAUACGAGAUUUUUUAGCUCAGACGAAUCGUAUAUUAGAUUAAACAUAACGGUAUCGUGGAUAUGUAACAUCGCCGUGUACGGUAGACGUAACAACGGCGUCAGUAUAACGCAAUAUGAUUUCGUCGAAUUUAUCAAAGACGGUCGAUUAAACAAUAAGAUAAAACGACCGAAAAGGGAUACAAGCCGAAGCCGAGGAGACGACCGCCACGCCAGCCAAAACAUCACCGCCGAAGAAACAAAAACCGAUAUCUUUCCGCACUACCUGUACAAACCCGGAUUCACCGAAACGUACGUAAAAAAUGAACGUAAUAUCCGCAAACGAUCGUCGUCUACCGUACCUGCGAUGGCGACCGUAUCGAUUUUACAUCUUUUGGAAGCUGGCAAUUGGUUUUUCUCUGUGUAUAACGACGAUUUGGCCACUCACGAAGUUACCCUUACGAUUGAAAAAAUUAACGACAUAUCGAGAUACUGUCCGAACGAGUGUUCCGGACGUGGUUCUUGUUAUUUGGGACGAUGCGACUGCAUAGACGGAUAUACCGGUGCUGAUUGCUCAAAGAGUGUUUGCCCGAUUCUAUGCUCGAAUCAUGGCACAUACGGUGGUGGAUUAUGUCAUUGUGAUGAAGGAUGGAAGGGAACGAAUUGCGACGUUCCAGCUUACGACUGCAAACUCUCCGAUUGCUCCGGACAUGGGAAAUGUAACAAAGGAGUAUGCACGUGUAAUUCAGGCUGGAAGGGAGAUAACUGUGAUAUAGAGGAUUGCCUCGACCCGACAUGUUCAGCACAUGGUAAAUGCGUCGCUGGUAAAUGCUAUUGUAAGGCUGGCUGGCAGGGAGCCAAUUGUUCAGUUGUUAACGAACAAGUGUUCCAAUGCUUACCUCGGUGCUCUGAUCAUGGCACCUACGACUUGGAAACGGGUACUUGCGUAUGUCAUGACUUUUGGACAGGUUCGGAUUGUUCGCAAGCUUUGUGCCAUUUAAAUUGCGGACCUCACGGAUCAUGCGACAGAGGUAGAUGUUCUUGCGAGGCUGGUUGGACAGGAGAGAAAUGUGAUCAGUUACCAUGUGAUCCUCGAUGCAGUCAGCAUGGUCAAUGUAAAAACGGAACGUGUAUUUGUUCCACUGGUUGGAACGGUCAACAUUGCACAAUCGCCGGAUGUCCGCACAACUGUCAUGGAAAUGGCAAAUGUCACAUCGAAAGUGGAGAGUACAAAUGCGAAUGCGAACUAGGCUGGGCUGGUUAUGACUGCUCCAUACAGCUGGAAACAAAUUGCAGCGAUGAAAUAGACAACGACCACGAUGGAACCGUUGACUGCGAAGACAGCGAAUGUUGCAAACAGGCGUAUUGCGCAACCAGCAUUUACUGCAUGUUUUCCAACGAUCCGGUCGAGGUAUUAUUACGUAAGCAACCUCCAUCGGUGACCGCUUCAUUUUACCAAAGGGUAAAGUUCCUAGUAGAAGAAAACAGCGUCCAGAGUUACCCGCAAGUCGACGAAUUUAGCGAAAGUGAAUUCUGGAACUCCUUUUUGCCCCGGAGAGUGGCUGUAAUUCGAGGACAAUGCGUUUCUCAACAAGGUCUUCCAAUAAUGGGAAUUCGAGUUUCCCUAUAUCGCGAUAAUAAAUACGGUUUUACGUUGACACGUCACGAUGGCAGGUUUGAUUAUAUGGUGAAUGGAGGAGAAACGGUUACCUUACAAUUUCAAAGGACACCUUUCAAAUUGAAAAUCAUUACGGUAUCGGUGCCUUGGAAUCAAAUGAUUGUUAUAUCCCCUGUUAUAAUGGAAUUAAAGGAUGAAAACCCGUUUAAAAUUCCUGUUCUGUCGUCCCCUCCGGAAAUACUCAAAUUCCCUGCAUUAGAACAAGGUGUAGAAUUAUGUGUUGAUCAUAAUGAAAGUAGUCUCAAUCCUCAUGUGCUAUCAACUUGGGUGCCAGAAAAAAUAGGAGGACCAACUACAAAACGAUUAAUUUAUUUAGAAUCACAGGUGCUACAAGAUCCAAUAAGGAUACCAGGUUCAAAUAUCUAUUUACUGUAUCGUAAUAGUUUAUCUGCUGGAUAUUUGUCAUAUCUAUUGGUACAACUGACUGGAUCUGUUGUACCUCCAACUUUGAUGAGGAUAUAUGUUCAUGUUGAAGUAGAAGGAUGCAUAUUUACCAAAGAGCUUGAACCAGAUCCUAAUUUAACUUACACGUAUACCUGGGACAAGCGCAACAUUUAUAAACAAAAGGUCUAUGGUAUUACUCACGCCAAAGUAUCUAUUGGUUACCAUUACACCAACUGUCAUAAAAUAAUGUGGGAAAUACACGCAGCAACCAUGAAAGGAUUCGAAGUCGAUACAUCCGAUAUCGGAGGUUGGAGUUUAGACGUCCACCAUCAUUACAACUUCCACGAGGGUAUUUUGCAAAAAGGCGACGGUACCAGCUUAUAUAUGAAGUACGAAUACCCCAGAACGAUGCGAGUUACAAUGGGCACAGGUCUUCAAAGACCUUUGGUGUGUAAAGACUGUGAUGGAUUGGCUAACGAAGCACGGUUGUUAAUGCCUAUAGCUCUCGCAAGUGGACCAGAUGGCAGCAUUUAUAUCGGCGAUUUUAACCUUAUUCGUAAACUAACACCAGAUGGGCAUAUUUACACUGUAUUACAAUUGAGUGCCACUCAAGUUUCCUACCAGUAUUAUUUAUGCCUUUCGCCAACCGAUGGCAAUUUAUAUAUUUCCGAUCCUGAACGACAUCAAAUUCUCAGAGUAUUGAAUCUUAAUACCAUAAAUGACCCUACGAUUAAUUCAGAAGUAAUAGCUGGAUCUGGCGAGAGAUGUGUUCCUGGCGAUACUAAUAAUUGUGGUGAUGAUGGGCCAGCUUUGGAAGCUAAAUUGUCGCAUCCUAAAGGAAUCGCAGUAGGAACAGAUAAGACACUUUAUUUUGCCGAUGGUACCAAUAUAAGAUGUGUUGAUACAAAUGGUUUAAUUCGUACUUUGGUUGGUCAUCAUGAACAUAACACGUUAUGGCAGCCAUUACCAUGCACUGGAGCCAUCCCAGCAAAUCAGGUACAACUUCAAUGGCCCAGUGGUUUAGCAAUCAGUCCGCUCGAUGGAAGUUUGCAUUUCAUUGAUGACAGAACUGUACUGAAAUUGACUGCUGAUCGUAAAAUACAAGUAGUUGCUGGAAUUCCAUUACACUGUCGUUCGUCUUAUAAAUCAGACAAAACUACGGGGAGAUCUCAGAAAAGUAAGGCUCGACAAACUCCGCUCGGUACCGUGCUAUCCAUCGCUUUCAGUCCAUUUGGAGAGCUCUAUAUAGCCGAAAGCGAUGCACAUAAAGUCAGUUACAUUCGAGCCAUUGAUUUCGACGGAUUCAUCUCUGAUUUCGCUGGAUCAGACAAUGAACAAGGGGCUAUGACAAACAAUUGCGACUGCGCUAUAAAUAAUUCCAGUUGUCAAUGCGUAAAUACAUCUCGCGAACAUCUACUAUCAACAACAGCUAAAUUCAGUAUGAUCUCUGCAAUUAUUUGCACUCCUGAUGGUGUACUGCACAUCGCUGAUCAAGGCAGUCUGCAUGUUUUAUCUUUGCAACAUUAUUUACCAGUCCAUGACUUGAACGGAGAAUACCAGAUACCAUUCCCUGGUACAAACGAAUUAUACAUCUUUAAUAGAUACGGACAACACAUAUCUACCAAAGAUUUACAAACUGGAAAAUUAUACUACAACUUUGUUUAUUCGAAAAAUACCAGUUUUGGUAAAUUGGCCUCUGUGUCUGAUGAUUCUGGAAAUAAGGUGUUCUUUAUCAGAGAAUAUAGCAAUGUGGUAAGUUCUAUCGAGAAUUCGCAAGACUAUAAAGCAGAUCUCACAAUUUCCGGAUCCGGAUUGCUGGUGAAAUUUUCAGAAAAAGGGAAAUCCGAUAUUAGUUUAUCAUACGACAGCAAUACAGGGUUGCUUACCAGUCAUACUGGUGGUGACAAUGUGAUCAAAGGUGGUGCAUUAUUCUUAUUCAAAUACAACGAACUCGGACGUCUAUCGAGUGCUAUUCUUCCAACUGGAGAAGUAUUAGAUCUUUCGUCGACCAUAUCAGUAAAUAACGAUCACUUGGAAUUGGGAAUCACAACGCCAUUACACUCUCGCGAAUUAGAUGAUAAAGAAAAUAGUAAACCAUUUAGUUUGGAUGUUCGAACCAGCAAUAAUGAUUACAAAAAAUAUACUCUUACGAGAGGUUCAUCAUCAAAUAAUAUUGUAAGCUAUAGCAACGGAUCAUUUUUAUUCAAUUCCGGAUGGAAUGAGAAUAUCCGUUGUUUAGCGGAAGAAAAACACCCACUGCUUCAAUUAUCACUUCCAACUGAGGCUGAAAUGUUACCUUUACUGAAUCAUUUUACCGCAAAUAGAGGCUCUCUAACAAACGUCAUGUCGUGGGAUUACGAAUUAGUUGGUGAUGCAGCAUCAAAUCAACCAGUUUUACGAAAAAAACUUUUGGUUAACAAUUUCACAGCACUAAUAAUAGAUUACGAUCCGAAAGAUAAAACCGAAUUCAUUUAUGGAAGCAGACGAACUUUGAUGAAAAUAAAAUAUAAUCAUGUGGCUUUGCCUACCCUGCUGAAGGUUGGAACGAAACAUUUCAUAAAUGUCUCGUACGAUAGAUACAAUAGAAUCGAUGGCUGGUCUUGGAACGAUAUUUCUGAAGAGUAUAAAUACAACAGACAAGGUUUAGUGGAAGAAAUAAAAUCUCGAGGAAGUGUGACCAAAUACUCUUAUAACGAAUGGAACAAAAUUACUCAAAUAGAAUUGCCAAGUGGUCGUAAAUUCAAAUACGUAUACGAUGAUUAUGGUGGAUUACAUUAUGCAGAACUACCAUCUGGUUCUAGGCAUACAUUUUCCGUAUUAACAUCUUUAGGGUUCAUAAGAUAUGUGUAUCUGGCUCCUGGCGCACUGAAACCAUACAUUCAACAUUACAGCUAUACGGGUGCACUGCUUCAAGAAAUUAAUCCAUCAGAUGGCACAAGAAUAUUGUACAGAUAUCGUCAAACAGGACAGCUUUCAGGGGUGAUAUGUGGCGAUGGUAUAAUAAAAAUCAAAUAUUCCUCAAGCACCGGAUUACCAUUAAUGAUUGAUCUCAACGAUCGAGAUUUUGAAUAUCGUUGGGAACUUCAGUAUAGCAAUGGUUUGCUGCUGGAAGAACGGGUCGACUUUUCACCUAAAACUGGACUGAGCAAUGCGAAAUUCACAUUUGAUUACGAUUCAAACUUCAGACUCACUUCUAUAAGUGGAAGAAUUGGUGGCCAAAGCAUAUCAGAUUUCAAAUGUGAUUAUAGCAAAGAGACUGGCAAGAAAAAUAAUUUCGGACAAUUCAAGGUAUCAUGGGCUCAUGAAAACUCCACUUCUUACACUGAUGGCACAGCAACAUUUACUAUUCAUUACAAUAAUUAUUUCCAAUUAUCGACUAUUUUACUAGUUAUUCACAGCAUGGAAGUAUUUAGAAUGGAAUUCAGUUAUGAUUUAAAUAGUCGAAUUGUUAGUACGCAAUCUUUUACUCAAAAUGUUGGGGUCAAUUCAUUGACAACAAGUAAAAACUAUACGUGGGAUAUCGAUGGUCAAUUAUUAUCAGUUGAUGCUCAAGAAUCUUGGCAGUUCAAAUACGACCAAGAUGGAAAUAUGCUUUCACUUACAUACAGAGGAAAAGAAAUAAAAAUGGUCAACAGCGUAUUAAAUAGGGUAGAAAAAUUCGGCGAGGGAGUUUACAAAUACAAUAACCGAGGAUUCGUGGUACAGAAUGCCAGAGAAGAGAAAUUCCAAUACAACACGAGAGGGUCAUUGGUUCGAGCUAUAAAACGAGGGAGAUUCGAUGUACGAUAUUAUUACGACCAUAUGGGCAGAAUGGUGACGAGGAAAGACAACUAUGGAAAUGUCACGCAAUACUUUUACACUCAUCCUGAAAAUCCUUCACUGAUAACACACAUUUAUAACCCUCGCGAUGGUCGAUUGAUGACACUAAUGUACGAUGAUCGAAGUCAUUUAAUUUUUGCUCAAAUUUUCCGUCAUAAAUAUUACAUCGCUACGGAUCAAUGCGGCACACCGAUGAUGAUUUUCAAUCAAUAUGGAGAAGUUGUUCGAGAAAUAGUUAGGUCACCAUUUGGACACAUAGUGUAUGAUUCGAAUCCUUAUCUAUAUUUGCCUAUAGAUUUCUGUGGAGGGCUACUAGAUCAGGUAACUUCCCUAAUACACAUGCCUAAUGGAAAAGUAUACGAUCCUUUGGUGGGCCAGUGGAUGACACCAGUUUGGGAAGGCUUGCUGAGCAGAGUAUACAACCCCAAACAACUACAUUUGUAUAGAUUCAAUGGUAACGAUCCGGUUAACGUUAAAGAAAAAGAUUUCUACAUAAAAGAUGAAAACGCGUGGUUUUCGAGAUUAGGCUACGAUCUGAACAGCUUAGCUCCCCAACUUAAUCUACCUACCAGUAUGUCUUCAUCUGUAAUGACAGAAAACAACAAUGACUUAGGAAUCACUCCAUUAGUCCUCAUGUCCAGUUACUUCAAUCACUUCACCGAGAAAUUAAAAACAAAUCACUUAACUCUAUUAUCAUCGGUGAAAACUGUAAUCGAACCAAAAGUGAAUUCCUUCGUUACUGUGCCAGAGCCUUAUGAUCCGAUAAAAUCGACCCUAUAUGGCAAGUUAUAUUUGAAUAGAGAGAAUAAAAAAGAAGAUAUUUAUCCCGCAGCAAAUCCUGAAGCAUUAUUCGACUAUGGAAUUGUAUUAUCAAAAACUACUGACAAUAAAGUGAUAGUGAAUUCUAUUCAAGCAGCGAGUCCUAUUCAUAGAGAUGUAUUGGUUGCAGUCUUCAACGAAUCAUUUUUAUUACCAUUUAGCUUAGUAGUUCAUGGGCCUCAUGGACCUGUACAAGAUAUGUUUUACUUUGUCAAGAAAAGUAUGGGACGAGCCACGGAAGAUCAAGCAACUUUAAAUCGAGUAGCUGGUGAGCUGAAUGUGACGGUGCAUGAAAAAGAAGACGAUCAAGGAAGAAAGAUCUUUGAUCUUCGAAUACAUCGAACCGAUACUGUGCUAAAUGUUCGAUACGGCACAACAGUAGAACGUGAAAAACAAAGACUUCUGCAUCAUGCAAAAGUGAACGCAAUGCGAAGAGCUUGGCAUUACGAAAGAGAACUACUGAAGAAUGGUCUUCCCACGACUAAAGACUGGACUCCUCAAGAAUCGGAGGAAUUGCAAAAACUCGGCUAUGUGUCUGGGUACGAUGGCGAAUACGCGAUCGAUGUACAGCAAUACCCCGAACUUUCUGACGAUCCCUCCAAUAUUCGUUUUGUUAAAACCGUUUUUAGCAAACAUUAAGUAUUGCGAUUUUUUUUUAUCUGUGUUUGUUUAACGUUUCCAUUUUGAUGUUACUUUUUUCUUUUGUUCUAUUUUUAUUGUGAACAGUAAUUUCUUCCCUUUUUGUAUAUUAAUUUUUAUGUCCGGCGAUAUUUCUAUUUUUAUCGUAACAAGAAACUGGUAACUCAAUGUACUUUGACGUGUAUUAACGCGACGUUUAAAUUUGACCAGAAAAUUGUGACGUUUCGAUAAUGUUUGUUCAUCAAAAUUUUUAAUAGGUACCUAGACCUACCAAAUUUCAAAAAAAAAAAAAUCGUGGUUUAUUUUUGACGAUAAUUUAUCGUUACCUAGUACGUACCUAGGUACCCUUUUAAUUUAUGUUUUGAACGACACAAUUUUCAAAAUUCUCAAUACCUAUCUUUAAAUUACGAGAGACGUUAAACAAUCAAUCGUAUCUACUCAUUCCUUGUAAUUUUUAUUUCGAGUUACCAGACUCAUAUUUGUCCUCUCAUACCAGAAUAUUUUUUCGUGCAUACUGAAUAAAUAUUUCGUUAUUUUUAAUUUUUUUUAUUCCUGCGUUAUACGUUUUUUAUUCUCGUUAUUUUUAAGUAUUAUGUAUGUUUGUAUGUUGUGUAUGUGUGUAUAUGUUUACGUAUGCGCUUAACGUAAAUUAAUACGCUAAAAAUGUUAUUCUAGUCGUGCUUUGUGAAACAGUAAUUUGUAUUCAUAAAGAAUCUUCGAACGAUUUUUCAUUAAUUUCUUUUUGUUACUUAAUGUCUUUUUUUUCUCUUUUAUAACGAAAAAUUAACUUGCGAUUAAAUACAAACGUGUUUGUAGUUCUUUUUUUAA